GUUUGUGUUUGGCUCUUUAUAGACACAGUUUUUCUUUUUACCUCAUUCGCUAUAUUUUUAAGGGGAUUUUAUGAAGAUGGUAUGGCAGUAACGAAGUAUUCCAGAAUGGAAGUCGACGGUAAUGAUAACAAGGAACGAUUUGCACGAGAAAAUCAUAGCGAGAUAGAACGCCGCAGGCGAAAUAAAAUGACCCACUAUAUAAAUGAAUUAGCAGAAAUGGUACCUCAGUGUGCUGCUUUGGGAAGGAAGCCGGAUAAGUUAACAAUCCUGCGGAUGGCGGUCUCUCACAUGAAGACUAUUCGUGGGACGCCUAUGAAUAGUCAAGAUGGCUCUUCAAAGCCUUCUUUUCUAACAGACCAAGAAUUAAAACAUUUGAUUCUUGAAGCGGCAAACGGUUUCUUAUUUGUUGUUUGCUGUGAUACCGGUAGGAUAUUAUACGUUGCCGAUUCUGUCGUUCCUGUUCUAAAUAUGCGACAGGAUGACUGGAUGCAUCAAUCAAUCUAUGACUUAAUACAUCCAGAUGACGUCGAAAAGGUUAAAGAUCAACUCCGCGGAAGCGACUCAAGUCUGAGUCGAGUACUUGACUUGAAAACUGGUACUGUAAAGAAAGAACCCGGUUCAGUACGAGUACAUAUGAGUUGUAGACGAGGGUUCAUAUGCAGGAUGCGCCUUGGUCCCUUGGAGCCUCUGCAUCGACUUUGCAAUCGACGCCCGUUGUUUACCCAUAAUGGUCAACACUAUGUUGUUGUACAUUGUACAGGUUAUGUUAAGAAUUCGCCUCCGAGUUGCUUAGAGGGCUCUUCUAGCUGUUUAGUUGCUAUAGCUCGUCUUCAGAUAGCCAGUAUGCCCGUUGGGACCGAGCUCUCUUCUCCUCCGCAAUUUUCAUUCCGCUUGACUGAAGAUGGGAAAAUCGCAUUUGUUGAACAGAGAGCCGUGAGCCUAUUAUCUAUAUCGGCAGAACAGUUGUUAGGCCGUUACUGGUGGCAGACAGUCCAUCCUGCUGAUGAACAAACUUUACAUGAUGCCUUCGUGAAUAUUUUAAGGGACCAACCCGUACGCAUUUCCAUUCGUUUGCGCACCUCAACAGAUUUUGUUGCUUGUUCCGUUUCUGCCUUGAAAUUUGUAAACCCCUAUUCUGAACAGUUCGAGUAUGUCGUUGCCACUCACGUCCUUUUGCCAAACGAAGAUGAGUCAUGGCAAACUCAACCAUUGGUAAAUUAUUUCAUUUUCCAAAUACAGUGGCCUUUGUUGGUAAUGUCAUCAAGCCCGAGACAGCUUUUUGAGGCGGCGCCAAUAGGGGAAUGGUCUGCGACACCUAACUUUCAGUCUGAAGGCUCAAUACCGUUAGCAAGAAGGUCGGGACCAUGGCCAAAUCAAUGGAAUUCCCCUGACCAGUUUCCCCAGCGAUAA